AUAAAGUCAUAAAGUCAUAAUGGCGACAUUGGAGAUCCGCCUGAAGAGAGUAAACAAGAUUUAUUAUGAGGGUGUAAGUAUCCGCUACAUACAACUGUUGGUAAAGUGUAGGAUAGUUUGCAACAUUCUUUAGUGUCCUCAGGAUUUUUGUAAUAACAAUAUUUAUAAUUCAGUUUACGCACUCACACAAUGUGAGUGUAUACAUUGACCCUCUGUUUACUUAAGUACAACUACAAUUUAUCUCUCUCCUGUUUAGUAUUGAAAGUUGGUCGAUGUGAAGAGGUUCUACUGAGAAAGUAUAAUUUAACCGAUCACUGAUGAAGUUUGUUUACGUACUUAGCGUUUUUAUUGUGUAGUAUAAUUUUAAUUUAAUGACAAGUCUAGUCUGAAAACCACCUAUGGGUCCGGUGAUGGCGACUUCCUGUAUAAAGAUUUUAAUUGCUAUUAUUAUUAUUAUUAUUUAGGAUAUUGUUAAAGGUGUGAUAGUUGUUCAGAGUCGUGGAGAGCUCACACACAAUGGAAUCACCCUUACCAUGGAAGGAGCAGUAAAUCUACAGCUCAGUGCUAAAAGUGUUGGAGUCUUUGAAGCAUUUUACAACUCACUCAAGCCAAUCCAGCUUGUUAACUACUCUUUGGAGAUAGCUAAACCAGGCAAAUUAUACCAUUCACGCUAACUUGUUUUAGCUUUUUACAGUAAAAUUUUUACUAACCCUAAUGCUUAGUGGCCCAUCACUCAACUUCUUUAAGCUCUAAGUAGACUGUUCACCGUCCCCCAUUUUUUCAUAAUAUCGUCGGGAUCGAGUGUUUACCAGUUCAGGUGGGCAGCGGCCAUCAUAUAUAAAAAGAGUACUGAGGGGGCUGUCAGGGUUUAUAUUGGUGGUGGGACAGAGGCAAGCAAAAAUAGAGGUACUGUCCUAACAUCACUGCAGCUUGCAUUCAUGGAGUGUGUUGUUGCAGCAAUGCAGGCACUUGAUUGGUUAUAGCGAAGCUCCAUAAAAAUAAUGUGUAACUAGGAAGUUUGAUGUUUUAGUCACACAAAACAGUGUUGUAGUUGUGAAAACAACCGCAAGGGAAAGGCAAAAAAGCAUGCUGUGUGCAAAUUUGCUUUUUGCUAAAAUAUAAAUUAGAAGAAAAAGUGUGCUGCACGUGCAAUUUGUUUUUUUGCUAAUUAGAUCUAUUAGUCUUGAAGCCAUUUUCAUUGUCAUCUCCUUUUAGCAUUACACGAAUUAAUUGUUUUGUUUAUAAGUAUUAUUAACCAGAGCUUUGCUUUUAGAUCUGGCUAAAUUUAUAUAUUAUAGAUGUUGAUUUGCAUUGACAAUGGUUAGCUUAAAGUUGCCAACACUGCGAAGUCGUUGACAAGUCGUCGUUUCUUUAAAACAUUUUCACAAUAACUGUAUGUCUAACUUUGACUUUUGUGUUAUUUAAAUCUUCAUCAUUUUGGAGAGGGAAUUAAUUUAUUUCCAAUUGGUGUCCAGGGUUGUCACCCAUUUGCUUAGUAUCAGCCAGCUACACUGCUUGGCAGUUCUUUCCUCUUACUUUGACAACUCAGCCUUCUACUUCAAAACUUUCUGACAACCCUGGGUGUGUAGUUGGGCACUGACUCUACUUGACAUUUCAUGGAGAAGAGAUGACAUAAACCGUUUGCUAGCAAGUCAAUUUUUUUCAAUCUGGGGAUUUUCUAUUACUCUUCAUUGGUGAUGAAGCGAGUAUUCUUGCCGUUUAUACUGGGAAAUGUUUCAAGUGUGCAUGUUUGCGGAUUUUAUUUGGGAAAAUGUCCUUGUAACUGUAUUGUAAUCACUGUUUCGAAAGGAGAUAUUAAUUUUGUAAACAUGAGAAAUCGAAGCUAAAUGUAUCUGGCAUGUUUUUCAUCGUAAGCAGAAGUUUGUUGAUUAAGGAAUGGUAAAAGACGUGAAAUUCCUGUCACACUCCCCUGAACAUGAACUACAGUGAUGUGAGAACAGUCCCUCUAUUAUUUUUGCUUCCCCCCCAAAUAGAUUUGGCACCCAUCCAAUAUAAUUGCUCAUAAGCGCAAAGUCUUCGAUCUUGAUGAUCUUACAGAAAAGUAGGGGACUGUGCACAGUGUAUGUUCUACGACCAGACCUUUGGAAAACUGUUUAAGUCUCUCAACUACAGCUGUAUAAGGAUUUAGUAUGUAAACACUCAGUGCUCUUGGUGAUUCAAUCAAUUUGAUUGGUUUGGUAUCUCGGACUAUGACAUUAAGUGGUGAAUAUAAAGCAAAUCAAAAUUGCUGUCGUAAACUGGGUGUUUUGCCAAAGUUUCAGAGUAACAACCUUUUUUAAAAUACCAGAGUAUCCUAGUGUUGAUGAUUCUGAAGGUAAGAAAAUAGUUCAUGGUGUUUGAACAGCGUGAUUUAUUGUGGAGUGAUUUGCUGUAGCUGACUUAUUAUAUCCUUGAAGCAAUGGUUACCACUACAGACCAAAAUCAACCCCAGCAACAUCAACAAGAGCAGUGGAAUUGAGAUUCCUGAAGCAUGGAUGCCUACUAUCAGCUAACACAAUACUACUGCAGAAAAUGCAAAGGGUUUCCAUCUUUCUAACUGGCUGUAAUCUCUAUGAUAUGAUAUAAAAUUUCAUAGACUUAUUGUAUUUUUAAUAAAGUAGUAUGUUUUACUGGGAUAUUUUGUGCAUAUAUUUUCCCUGUGAUUAUUUUUUUUUCAAGAGGGCCACAAGUUAGAAAAGUGUAAAAAGUUAUGACAUCUCCCUCUUUAAAAAAAGUUGUAUUGUUUCGUAUAUCUCACGGUAUUAGGGCUGUGCUGUGUUGUGUUGUAUAUUUGUAUUGUUGUAGAACAUGUGUGUGCGGUACCCUCUUGGGAAGCCAUACAUUUUAUUAAUAAGCUUCUAAAGUGCUAUUUGAUGUAGAUUGAAAUGACUGUAAUGUUUACACCUAAUGGCAAGACUGAAUUGCCUUUUGAGAUUCCACUGAAACCAAAGGGAAGCAAGCCACUAUAUGAGACGUACCAUGGAGUGUUUGUCAACAUUCAGGUAAUCCAGCCCGUAAAUAGUAGUUAAAGUAAUGAUCACGUAGCUCAGUUACAGAAGGUGUUCUCCUUUCCACCACCUAUACUUUCCUUAUAUUUUACUGGUUGCAGCUGUUUGUUUUGUAACCUCCUAUAGGGAGAAAAAGAGGUUGUUGAAAAAUUCUCAGGGAGUGUGUAAUGGGAUGAGAGGGGAUCAUGGGUCACGCGUUGACAGUCCUUUUUCAGUUCUCGUAGGAGGUUUUCUUAAUUUUGUACACUGUGUUUUCUAUCUCUAAUAAUUAUUUUUGUGGGUUUUCAUGGUACUAUGUUUAAGUAUCAUCUCAGGGCUGAGAUGAAGAGGCCAUUGCUAAACAAGGAUCUUCAGAGCCAAGCUGAAUUUAUUGUAGAGAAUAAGGUGAAACUUUACUAUGUACUAGUUUUACUAUUGACUUUGGUUUUGUUUUUGCAGCUUAACAUUGUUGAGCUCUAAAAAUAAGGUUUAUUAGUAUUGUUGUUGUUAUUACUACUUUAUUAUUAUUAUUAUUAUUUACUUAUUAUUCAUUUAGCUCUGAGUUCUGGCUGUUCAUAUGCCAACAAACAUUCCAUGAGGAUGCUAGUACUCAGAAAGCAACAACCUGGCCAUUCGUCGAGUAGCAUAGUUCUCUGUAACAAUGCAAUUCUAAUCAGUUUUAUCAAUAUCUUAAUCACCAGUCUUACACUCCAUUGUCUAAUUUUCUUCACUUUCAAGAGUCCCUAUGACAACUUGUACUAAGUACAUUGUAUGUCCACUCUUGUCUCUAGAUCCUGAUAUUUUUCAAUUUUUUUUUUCAAAAUUCUUUGUUAUGUAUCCUCUUAUCUCCAGGUUAAAGCAAUGUGUACAAAUACAAUUUUUUUUACUAGGUCUUGCUCCAUCUAUGUGACAUGAGAAACACAUGAAUAUAUUUCUCUAACUUUGCUCUUAUAAUUUGCCAUAGGCUGCAACUAAGAAAGAGGCAUUAAAGGCAGUUGAAUUUUCCAUUACACCAGAAUCUCUUGAAAAUGUGAAAGAGGUAAGUUGACCUAGAUUUCCAAGGCAUACAUACCCCAUUUCUGUCUAGAUUUCCAUGAAGGUUUUAAAACACCCUAAAUUUUCUUUAAAAUAUAGUAAUCACAAUGCAAUAUUCAUAAAUAUUCAAAACUAAUAGAAAGGCCCCAAGUACUGCCUGAUAGAACAUCAGACUUUCCUUUUCAUGUGCCUUGUGUUUCCUUGUGAAACAAAAGGAAAAUUAAACAUAGAUCAAGAGUCAUUGUAAUUAAGACCUCAAUAGACACACCCUUUCAAUAUAUAUAUAUAUAUAUAUAUUUUUAUAUAAUUUUACCUGGAACAUAAGACAACACAUAUGUAAAACUCACUUUGAUAAGAUUUAUUUUGUCAGAUCAUUAAAUUAAUAUGUUAACUUGCCAUUUUAAUAAUUUACAAACUUGAGACUUUGAUAUCAUAAACAGGUUUUGAAUUUUUUGCCUUACAAAAUGUGCCUCGAAGUGGUGGUGGAAGAAGGGUUUGGCUUUUCUGUUAACCAAGGAACAGGGACUAGUUUCAGCUGACAUUUCCAGUGGGUGCAUUGGCACUGGAACUUGGUCUGGUCGUGUGCACCAGUCAAAUGUGGCAGGGGUUUUAAAAGCCCUUUGCCCAAUAAUAGCAUUUUUAUCAUAAUUUCCAACUCUUUCUCUACUUUUGGAAGAAAUAUUGGCAACUACACUGUGUAAGAGCAUUUGCUUACCUUAAAAAUACAUAGCCUACAUUUAUGCAAAUGUUCACAUCCAAGUUGUGAUAAACUCAGUGUCAUUUUGCUCUGCUCUGCCUUCAAUGUUAGUUAUUAUUCAUUCAAAUAUUUCCUCGAUUCUGAUUGGCUAAAAGCACACACAUAAUUUAUUAUAACCAGUUACUGAUGACCAACUUUGGAAAAAUUUUGCGAUUAAUCGACCGAUGAUGUCAAAAUUGAAGCUUCCUUGCAAGUUAUAGCGCCGUUAACCAAGAAGACCUGGGGACAAGGUUGAGUUGUUUUGGUUGUAAAAACAAAAAUGGCGGACAUUUAACUCGUUUCAAGAGUAAGAACUAGGCGAAAUAAUAGCUAAAAACAUGGCAAGAACAGCAAGAAGACAACUCGAAGGGUGACAUCUGCUAUUUGGAGAAUAUUUGCGGAGCUGAGCAACCCUAGACGUGCACUAUCAAAGAUGAACUUAUAACAGCGAUGGAGGUAUAGCAUGUUUAAGCUAUGUUUUUAAACUAGAAAAUUUAAUUAUUUUGAAUGAAUAAUAAAACAAUUAUUGAAUCAUGUAUCAUAUGAAUUAUUGAAUCGUAUCAUAUGAAGAAUUAUGGAGAUCUUGGAGGGUUUUAUCCGCCUCAGCCUAUGGCCUUGACGGAUAACACCCUCCUCGUUCUCCAUAAUUCUUCAUAAGAUACUCAGCCUCAUUCAUUGAUCGUUAAGUAAUCUCUCUCCUCCACAGAGGCUCUCACUGGGUAUUCAAUUAAAGGUAUUAAGUAAACAAUAGUAGGUGCUCUAGCAAAAAGGCCUCUGUGGAGGAGGGAAUUAAGUACUGUUGUAAAACUCGUUGAUUUUGCAGAGAGCAAAGAUUCCGAAGUUCUUAGUGAAAGGCAGUCUGGACUGUGCUCAGUGCAGCAUUACUAAACCCUUCACAGGAGAGGUAACACUCACACUUGUACAUAAUUUUCUGAAAUUUUAGUCAAACCAAUAAUACAAAAACACUGUGAGUGCAGUGAGCUGAGUGGAGAACAGGGAAGGGGUACACCUCUUACUUUGUACUUACCCUGUUAUUUGCCUUUUUUCCCAAAUAACAAACCUGGCCAUGAUAGACCAAUAGCUAUUGUACAAUAAGCCUUCAGCACUGUCAAAGAGUGGUUUUAUUGCAAACUGACAUUUAAAUGGGUAGUCAAAUAUGUAUUGAAAAAUUAGGCUAUAUCAUACCAGUCUCAAAUAGAAUGUCUUAGAUGGUUGUCAUAACGAUCAUUAAUAGCUGUGUCUACUUAUUCUUACAGUUGAUCUAGCGAUCAUGAUAUUAUCAUUUCAUAAUGAUUUAUUACUUGACAUCUGCUGCAGCUGGAAGUUGUACACUCAGACAAACCAAUCAAGUCCAUUGAGCUGCAGCUUGUGAGAGUUGAAACCUGUGGUGAGUAAGUGAUAUUAUUUGAAGCAAACAAACAAUCCUUAGAACAACAACUGUGCACAUAGCCAAAUAAAUGAAGGCAUUGCUAUAUAGUGUGUGGGCCUUUAGUAAAAAACUGUUUAAAACUACAGUAUGCAUUUACUGAAAGGUUACUAAGUUCAAAAUGGCUAAAUUAGAAUUUCAUGAUGUAUUUUGAAAACAAGCCAAUUUUUUCUGAAAGUAUAUUUAUUGUGUGUCUUCAGUUGGUUUAUUUUUUUCUAAAAUACUGACACUGAUUUUUGACAAGUUUAUCAUUUGUUCCUAUUAUUUUGGGACAUAUAACAACAACAACUAUAACAAAAAACAAAAAACAAAGAAAAACACAAAAACUGUCUCACAUGUACACUAGUCAUCUUCUCUGUGAUCUCUUUUUAGGUUGUGCUGAAGGAUAUUCAAAGGAUGGUUAGUUAACUCUCAUGGCAAAAUGUUUACCCUGUUGGAAAGAAAUAAUAAUAAUAUUGUCUAGCUACGACUGGAUACUUUGUAGAGCUCAAUAGAAGUAUUACCUAAAAACAACUUGCACAAUGCUGUGCCUCUAUUUUCCCUGGUUUGAAUUUUUGUGCCUAAAUUUGUUUCAAACUCAUCAUGGAUCACCAUACCAAGAACAAAGGAAAAUAACAUUUGAACCAAGGAUUAAAUUUUAAGAAAAUGACUUAAGUGCUAUGAAACUCAGAUUUUUGCAUCAAAGGAUCUCAUUUAUGUCCCUUCGUACAUACUUGGAUCUUAUGACAUGGUUGCAUAUUUGAUUGUGUAUUCUAGCCCUCUUGAUAUAAAGGAGGGAAUUAAGUGACUUAUUUGACCAGGCCAGUCCAUUCUUGUGUCCAGCCAGUUCAAUAAUGGUGAUGAAAGACAUAAAUGAUAGUUAAUAUUAUUUCUGAUGUUAACUGUGUUUGUAUCCUCAGCUACUGAGAUUCAAAAUAUUCAGGUAUGAAAAUAUACAUUAGAACUUGACAGAUCCGAAAAGGCAGGAUUGCAAGCAUAAAACUUGUAAUAAUAAACUUGUAACUGCUUUCAUUUGAAGUGGGAAAAGUUAAGUGGGAAUUGGAUAAAAAGCCACAAAGUUAAGUUCAAAAAAUUCCAAGUUGAUUCAUUGUGUCAGCAACUUGCUCCAAGGUUUAAAACAGCACUUCAGUCUUAUCAAAGGUUACUUGGUUCCCAAUCUCCUUUGCAGCCAUUAUUAGAUUAGUGGAGGAGGAGUGUUACAUAUGAUGACCCUAAUAACUGCUGCAAAGGAGACUUCUUGGUUCCGCGAGACAAAAAAUGAACUCAGGCAGUUAUUAAAGCUUUCGUCUGUGUUGAUGAAAGUUAAGGUGGCCUGAACCUAUUUAUAUGCACGUUAGUUAUGUUUUUGAAUCAUGUUUUUCGGCAGGAAUGGUUAAACCGAUUUCCAUGAUUUUUGGCAGCCUUAAUAAAGAAUGGUCGAAUUUUAAGAAAAUGUUUUUUAUUUUCUUGUAGGUGUAAAAACGUCUGAGAUAUCAGCAUAUGUUUAAAACAGCAUUUUUACAAAAAAUGUCAGUAAUUUCGAAACCCUAAGACAGAUUUUUUUCCAACUUCAGCAAAUAAGCCUCAGAACCCUCAUGUUUUAUAACUGCAAGUUUGAAAUCAAUCGUGACCGUAGAACUUGCUGCACAAAUAGCUGGUCAAAUUUAACCUUAAAAUGCAACGCUAACGAACUGUUCAUAUUUGUGAAAGCUGACGGAUGAAUGGAGGGAAACUACCGGCGGACUAUCUCCUAUCUGAAAGGGUACUCUUGCCCAAAGCUUCAGUUGCAAGAAACUGAGUAAUCAGAAACAUAGGGCGAAUACAGUUCACAAUACCAGAAGAACAACUCUCUUUUCGAAACCUAUCUUAACAAAGCAAAUUAUAUUAUCUAUGAAAAACUCUCAAGAGUUUUUAGCGUUGUAGGUUUCUGUUUUCAGGAGAAAUAAAGCCACCAACUCCAGUACUUCUAACUGUCCAGUUUUCAGCUGCACUGAAAGCCCUUGUACUUGGUAAUUUAUUCAAGGUUUUAAGACUUGAUUCACUCGGGAAGUUUGCCACUUGGGGAUAAAGAUGAAGAAAAUAUGACAAUCGUCUUAUUCUUUUCAUUAUCCCCAAUGGCAAAAUGCCUGUGCGAAUGUGACGGCAAAUCUUUCAAACUUAAAAAAAAUAAAUUACCUAAUACAAGGGUUUUUGUGGCAGCUGAAAAUAGAUUGGUUGCAGUACUGGAGUUGGUGGCUUUAUUUUGCCUCAAGACGGGAACCUUCAGUGCUAAAAACUGGUAGGAGAUUUCCGUAGCUGUUAUAUCGUGCUUUGUUGAGAUUUUUUGCGAAAAGAGAAGGGAAAAUACACAGUAACUUUGAAAAAUAGAAGUUAUUUCACCUUUCCCUGCAUAUUUCAGGAUUAAGUUGUUCUUCUUAUGUAUUGCGAACUGUAUUCGCUGUAGUUUUCUGAUUACUCAAUUUCUUGCAACUGAAGCUUUGGGCAAGAAUACCCUUGCAGAUAGGAGAUAGUCCGUCGGCAGUUGUCCUCUAUUUGUGUGUCAACUUUCACAAAUGUGUUAGCGUUGCAUUUUAAGGUUAAAUUUGACAAGCUAUUUGUGCAGCUAGUUCUACGGUCACGAUUGACUUCAAACUUGCAUAUAUAAAACUAGAGAGCUCUGAGGCUUAUUUGCUGAAGUUAGAGAAAAAUCUGUUUUAGGGUUUUGAAAUUAUUGACAUUUUUUGCAAAAAUGCAGUUUUCAACAUAUGCUGAUAUCUCAAACGUUUUUACACCUAUCAGAAAAUAAAUUUUCUUAAAGUUCUUUUUUAAGGAUGCUGAAAAUCAUAGAAGUCAGUUUAAUGGUCUUAAAUCAUUCCUGCUGAAAAACCCAAUUCAAAAACAUAACCAACGCGAAAAUAAAUAGGUUCGGACCACCAUAUAGGUCUUUAACAAUGCUGUAACAAUCAUUUUAGUCCCUAGGUUUACAACAUGUGCAGUAUUUCUGUAUUUCUUUUUUAGAUAGCAGAAGGAGAUGUUUGUCGUGGUAUAAAGAUACCAAUCUACAUGAUAUUUCCCCGCUUAUUCACUUGUCCUACCUUAGCCACUGCAAACUUUAAAAUUGGUGAGUAUAAUGCACCUAUCAAUGUAAACCCCGUGGGGGGGGGGGGAGUGCAGGCAAGGGGUGGGUAUUUGACAAAUUUUAAAAGUUUUUGAUCAAAUUCCCUAGGGUGGGAAACGAAAGGUCAAUCAAAAGUGUCAAAAAAGCCCCCACCCCAGGGGAAAAAUCUAAACAAACAAUACUAUAAUACUAUAUAAAACGAAUAAAAGAACAUUUCAAAAGUACGUUCUUACUACUUUUAUUUAAGGUUAACGUAAGUUCCGUUAAAUUACUCGCUGUAAUUAAGUAUUUUCUCUCUCCACUAGCAUCUCUUAUUUUGAACAACAUAAUCACUCCAGGAAGAUUGACCAUGCUAUUAUAUUAAUGAAACGUAAAAUGCUUUAUAACAUCUGCUCAACAUGUCGGAACAGGUCGGAUCAGUGACCCGUAAAAAAUCCUCUGACUUUCAUGGUAAAAUUCGAUUUCAAUCGAGGUUUACAAUCAGAUGGGAACUUGAAGAUAAAAACUUUCUCAAAAUAGACAUUGUCUGUUUAGAUGACAGUGUAAAGUAUCGGAUUAUGGCGAUUAAAACAAAUGAAAACUUCAUACCUUUCUCCAACAGCGUGACUUUCAGAAAGCCUUGAGGGACGGACUUGGUAACCGCUUGUGAAUUGAUACCAGGCUUCUAUCUGUCAAAGUCAAAUGUCCCGACCCCGGGGUCGCUUCACACGAUCAAAAGCCUGACAGGGGGAUAGUCUCAGGCAUCAAAUCCCCUCCCCUUGCUCGCACUCCCCCCCCACAGGAUUUACAUUGAUAGGUGCAUAACUUUUAUGAAACAGAGUCAUUGUAUGUCAAGUGUCAAUAUGUGGGCACAAUGUUGCCUAAUCCCUGUAUGACAUUUUCCAUGACUUUCUUGGUCAAUCCAUUUCAGUGAUGUAUCCGAGGCGAAUGCACAUUGACUGGGUGGAAUAAUGAAGCCUAGGGACUAGGCAAGGCACUAUGGUUGCUGGGAGGCGAAGCUAUGUUGUCUUACUAUUUUUGUAUUUCAGAGUUUGAGGUGAAUGUGGUGAUUGUUCUUCAAGAUGAUCAUCUUAUCACAGAAAACUUUCCCAUCAAAGUUAUUAGGUGCUAGCACA